AUGGUUGUGGAGAAUAAAGAAAAUCUUAAUAUGGACGAUGAAGAUACCAAUGACAAUGUAGACUACAACUAUAUUCAAGGAAACUUAUUGUCAACCGUUCCUCCUGGGGAAGAAAUUGUUAUUUCAGGUUUAUCGGGGACAUUUCCAGAUUCUACCGAUGUCUAUCAUUUUCAAGAUAAUUUGUUCAACAAAGUUAACCUGAUAUCGCCAAAUAAAAGAUGGACAUAUAAGCAUCCUGAAAUUCCUGAGGGCUCUGGUUCAGUUCCUUACAUUAAUAAAUAUGAUUCCGGAUUUUUUGGUGUACAUACAGCACAAGGCGAUGCUCAAGACUGUUCAAGCAGAAUUCUUCUAGAAAAAACCGUAGAAGCUAUUUUUGAUGCAGGUUUAAAUUUGGAAGACUUCGAAGGAACUAACACAGGCGUGUAUAUUGGUACAUGUUGCAAUGAAACCGAAUAUAGUAUAUUGGUUGAACAUUUUGGGCCAGACACAAAGAAGGGUUUUACUGGAUGCAUGCGAGCGACUUUUGCUCAAAGGAUAAGUUAUUUCUUGAAGCUUAAGGGUCCUGCAAUUCUAGCAGAUACAGCUUGUAGCAGUUCGUUGUUUGCUUUAGAAAAUGCAUAUAGAGAUUUAAGAUUGGGAUUAGUGGAUAGGGCUAUUCUGUGUGCAGCCAAUUUGAUUUUACAUCCCAAUAUUACUAUACAAUUUGCAAGGUUAGGAGUCUUAAGUCCGGAUGGCUUAUGUAAAGUUUUUGAUAAAACUGGUAACGGAUACGCUAGAGCUGAGACUGUAGGUGUGAUCAUCCUCCAAAAGAGUAAAGAGGCUAAAAGAAGAUAUGCAGACAUUGUUUACAUAAAAACUAAUUGCGAUGGUUAUAAGGAAGCAGGAAUCACGUAUCCAUCUGGUGAAGUACAACGGCAAUUAAUGAGAGAGGUUUAUAAUGACUGCAAUGUUAAUCCAUCUGAUGUCAGCUUCCUUGAAGCGCACGGAACAGGUACUUUUGUUGGUGAUCCAGAAGAAGGUGCAGCAAUUGACGACGUCCUUGCCAAAUGUAGAAAAGAUCCUCUUCUUAUUGGUUCUGUUAAAUCAAACCUUGGUCAUUCUGAACCUUCGUCGGGUUUCUGUUCAAUAACAAAAAGCAUAAUAGCAUUCGAAACUGGUUUAAUUCCACCUAAUAUUAACUACACUUGCCCAAGAGAUGAAAUUCUAGGUCUAGUAGAAAAAAGAAUGAUUGUUGUUACCGAGAAGAUGCCAUUUAAAGACAAAAGGGGAUUGAUUGGUAUUAAUAAUUUUGGUUUUGGUGGAGGCAAUUGCCACGUACUGUUAAGAGGUUAUCCUAAAGAAAAAAUUGACCACGGUCUACCAAACGACGAUAUACCAAGAGUAAUAUGUGUCAGUGGUAGAACAUCUGAAGCACUUUUGACGAUUUUCGAUGAGAUCAAAUCGCACACAUUGGAUGCUGAAUACGUUGGACUAUUGCAUAAUGUAUUUAGAAAACAAAUCUUAAACCAUCGCUGUAGGGGUUAUUCUAUAGUAGGAAAAUCUGGAGAAUUAUAUAGAUUUACAGGUUAUUCUUCUAUAAACAAGCCAAACUUAUACUUUGCUUUUGGUGAACUGAAUGAAUGGUUUGAGCUAGGAAAAUGUCUUAAAUUGAUACCUGCUUUUGCUGUUACUUUAGAAAAGGCACAUAAAAUUUUGCUUCCCAAAGGAAUUAAUAUCAAUGAUGCUCUCAAAGCACAUGAAUCAAGUACUAAAAAUCAAAUAUUAGGAAGUAUUUUGGUUCAACUUGGUGUAAUAGAUAUUUUCAAAAUUUUGGAAGUUCAGCCGAUAAACUGUUUUGGAUACUCUUUUGGGGAACUGCUAGCUGCAUACUUUGACGGAAUACUGACUUUUAAACAAACUCUCGAAUGCGCUUGUACUAUUAACGACGUAGUUGAGAGAAUAAAUGCUACUUGUAAAGGAAAAGAAAUAAAUAUUGCUAAUAAUAUAGUCAACAACCAAGUAAGCAGCAAUGUAUCCGCUUUAUUGGAUAAAUUUAGAGCAAACUUUGGAUCAGUAGAAUCUUCUUCAAUAAAAAAAGAAUUAGCGGCCAACUUAUCAGACAUUUUGAAAAAUCCUUCCAACGGAAAUUCCAAGAACAUUAAAACAGCCGAUUAUUUCAUCAAAGCUUUGGUUAACGGCAUUUCCAAUAAAUUGGAGCAUAUGAAAAGUAAUUCACUAGUGCUAAGUUUUGGUUCAAUUUCAAUAUUGGAUGAUGCUGAAGUUAUUCCGUUGGUUUCCAAACACGAGGACAACUAUUUAACCGGAUUUUUAAAAAUUUUGGGAAAUUUAUAUGUUAAUGGUUACAAUCCUCAGUUAGCAAAAUUAUACCCAGAAGUGUCAUUUCCUGUAAGUAGAGGUACAAGGAUGAUUUCACCGUUUAUUAAAUGGCAACAUGAACGUGAAUGGUUUAUACCAUCGUAUGAUGUAGAUCUGAAUAAUGCCGUUCAAUUUGGUUCAAGAUCGGUAGUUGUUCAGUUCGCUGAUCAAGAGUGGAGUUUUGUUCAAGGUCAUGUAAUUGACGGAAGAGCGCUUUUUCCAGCUACUGGAUAUUUAUGUUUAGUUUGGGACACCCUUUCCCUAAUACAAGGUAUUCCAGUUAAUUUAAAACACAUAAUUUUUGAAGACAUUAAAUUUUUACGAGCUACUACCAUACCUAAAACGGGGAAGGUAAUGUUUACAGUUUAUCUUAAUAUUAUAUCUGGUAAGUUUGAAAUUGUGGAAGGUGGAGUCCCGAUAGUAACAGGAAAAAUAUUUUCAAACGACGGAGAUGAUGGUACUUGUUACGGUGUAGAUGCAAUUGCUGAGAAUUCUAAUAGUUUAACGGGAAAAGACGUAUAUAAAGAGUUACGUCUACGAGGCUACAACUACAGUGGCGAGUUCCAAAAUAUCCAAGCAUUUAAUCCAUCGGACAACACAGGUCUUAUUAAGUGGACCGACAACUGGAUAUCAUUUCUGGACAACAUGCUUCAGUUGAAAAUUCUUACCACUGACACAAGGCUACUUUAUGUACCAACGUAUAUUUCCAGGCUAAAAAUACCAGCUAAAUCAGUACUUGAAUGGAUCAAUACAAGUUACUUGCAGAAGCAACUAGAGCCAAUUUUACCAGUUUACAUUAAUGACGAUACCUCUGAAAUAAAAUGCGGAAGUAUAGUAGUUCAAGGUCUUAUAGCAAGUUCAAUUGCCAGAAAGAAAGAUGUGGGAAUACCAGUUUUGGAAUCUCAUAUAUUUGUUCCAAACAUAACAGAAUUGGGACUAGAAGAAUCCAUGAGAGUUAAUCUUCAAAUUGUCUACGAAAACUUAUCAGCAAGAAAGUACAAAUGUAUCGAACUCAUAGACGAGUUUGUUACACAAGAAUGUACUUUACUUCCUCUAGUAGAAACAGCUUUAGGAGACCAACCACUCCUACAAGCAAUUGUUAAAAUAUUAGCGAAAAGUCGACCUGAAUAUAUUCCAGAAACCAUUGAAGUAGAAGAUACAGACCUGGAGACUGAAACUGAAUGCCAUUUAGUUAUUGGAUCCAAGCUGAUUGAAAGAAAAGAUGUUUUAACAAGUGCGACCAAGUGCUUAAAGGAUCAUGGUUUUCUUAUAUCUCGAGAAGACUUAAACUUUGAUAGUUCCAUUACUGAAGUAGAAGAUUUUACAGUAUUUACCGUGCACAAAACUCCUUUGGAAACGUUGGUUCUUCUUAAGAAAAAUUUCAAAAACAAAGAACUCAUUACCCUUGACGUAGAAAAAUCAGACGAUUUAUCGUGGAUUGAGGAAUUAAAGGAAAUUAUUAAAUCAAAAAAGAGUGAUAAUGUACUAAUCUAUGCUCAAAAUAAACCUUUGAGUGGAAUUAUGGGAUUAUUUAAUUGCUUAAAGCAGGAAGCUGAUAGUAGUUAUAUAAGAUGCCUCUUUAUGUUUGACAUCGAUAAGCAUUUUGACAAGGAUGAUCAAUUUUAUAAAACUCAAUUAGAUAAAAAUAUGGCAGUCAAUAUUUUUAAAGAUAACAAGUGGGGUACUUACAGACAUUUACUCUUAAAAAACCUAGACACUAUUGAAUCAGAACACUGCUAUGCAAAUAUCACCGUUCGAGGAGAUUUAUCCAGUUUAAGAUGGAUUGAAGGCAGUUACAAAUACGACAUGGUUGUACCUUCUGAAAAGCAAUUGGUGUACAUUCACUAUGCUUCUCUGAACUUUAGAGAUGUAAUGACGGCUACGGGAAAAAUAAACGCCGAUGUAAUAACUCAAGAUAGGAUUGAACAGGAAUGUGUUCAAGGAAUUGAGUUUUCAGGAUACACUGCAAAAGGUAAAAGAGUUAUGGGAUUGGUUACACACGGCGCUAUGUCUACCUUGAUGUUGGGUGAUGAUUAUUUACUAUUUGAUGUACCUGAUAAUAUUUCUUUAAAAGAGGCAGCAUCUCUUCCAACUGUAUAUACUACUAUUAUAUAUGGAUUGAUAGACAGAGUAAACAUCAAAAGAGGUUCUAGCAUUCUAAUUCACUCUGGAACAGGUGGUGUUGGCCAAGCAGCUAUAAGAUUGGCGUUACACUAUGACUGUAAUAUCUUCGUUACAGUAGGGACACAAGAAAAACGAGAGUACUUACUAAAAACCUUUCCACAAAUUAAACAACAACAAAUAGGUAAUUCACGUGAUACUUCCUUUGAAGCAAUGAUAAAGAAAUAUACAGGUGGCAGAGGUGUAGAUGUGGUUCUCAAUUCACUAGCGGAAGAAAAACUUCAAGCUUCGAUUCGAUGUUUGGCACCAGGAGGUAGUUUCGUAGAAAUAGGAAAAUUCGAUUUGGCUAACAAUAACGAAAUAAAUCUUUUACUUUUGCAAAAGGAAUGUAGUUUCCAUGGAGUCAUGUUGGAUCAAUUCUUUACUGAAACUCCGUACACAAAAAAGACAUUGGCUAAACUAUUUGAAGAAAAUGUUGGUAACUUUGUUCUUUCUUUACCAGUAACUUGCUUUAAAUAUGAUCAACUUGAGGAAGCAUUUAGAUAUAUGGGCAGUGGAAAACACAUGGGAAAAGUUAUGAUACAAAUACGAGAAUACGAGCAGCCACCUCAACCAGUCCCCGAAAAAUUCACGGGAAUACCCAGAUAUUUCUGCCAUCCAGAAAAAAGCUAUAUAAUCAUCGGUGGUCUAGGAGGAUUUGGAUUAGAGUUAGCUGACUGGUUAGUACUAAGAGGAGCCAAAAAUUUGGUACUUGUCUCAAGAAAAGGUGUCACUACAGGAUAUCAAAGUUUAAGAAUCAGUCUCUGGAAAUCGUAUGGUACAUAUGUCCAUAUAUCUCAAGACGAUGUUUGUACUGAAGAAGGUUGCAGAAAUCUACUGCAAACAGCCAAUCUAUUAGGAGACGUCCAUGCAAUCUUUAAUUUAGGUGUUGUUUUGGCGGACUCAGUUUUUGAAAAUCAAACUAUAGAGUCUUUUAAAACGUCACUUGGUCCAAAGGCCGUUGCGACACAAUAUCUGGAUAGGUUAUCAAGAGAGAUGUGUCCGAAAUUAGAAGAUUUUGUGGUUUUCUCAUCGGUCUCAUGUGGUAGAGGCAACGCUGGACAAACUAAUUAUGGAAUGGCAAAUUCUAUUAUGGAAAGAAUAUGCGAAUUAAGGAAAAAGGAAGGGUAUCCAGCAUUAGCUAUUCAAUGGGGAGCUAUUGGAGACGUUGGACUAGUAGCAGAAUUACAAGCAAAUCACAUGCAGCUAGAGAUUGGUGGAACUCUACAGCAAAAGAUUUCAAAUUGUCUAAAUGUUUUAAAUACAUUGUUAAGACAAAAAGAGGCCACAGUAGUUUCGAGUAUGGUGGUUGCCGAAAAACUUAGUGGUAUAGGUUCGUCUGAUAAUAUUGUCGACGUCGUAACUAAUAUAUUAGGUCUUACUGAUUCGAAGGUGGUAAGUCAUCAUGCAACGUUACCUGAAUUGGGUAUGGAUUCAGUAACGGGGGUGGAAAUUAAACAAACAUUAGAGAGGGAGUUUGAGGUUUUCCUUUCACCGAAGGAUCUGAAGACAAUGACUUUACACAAAUUAAAGGAAAUACAACAAACAAAUACCGUGACGUCAGAAGCUGACAAAUUUAGUGAUUUUAAUGCAAUAUUAUUUAAUAAUUUGACCGAAGAAGACGAAAAGAAUAUAAAAUAUAUUGAACUUGUACUACCUACAAAGUCGGAAGAAAAUGGAAAGAGCGACACAGUUCUUCUUUUCCCUGGUAUUGAUGGGUUUGCUAAAACCUUUAAUACUUUGGCAUCUCAACUAACAGCUCCUGCCAUCUCCUAUCAAUAUUGGGAUUGUGUGGAUUACGCAAAUGUUCAAGUACUGGCCGAAUCAUUAUUACCGAAAGUAGAAGAUCGCAUAAACAAAAAUAAAAAGUUUAAAAUAAUAGCUUAUUCUUUUGGUUCCGCAAUAGCCCUAGAGGUUGUACAUUUACUAGAAAACAAAGGAUACAUAGGAGAUGUAAUAAUAAUAGAUGGUGGCCCGACAUUUACAAGCAAGAUAACACAACCUUUUAAGGCACUUUCAGAAGGAGAAUAUCAAACAUCUCUUAUGUGCUAUUUACUAACAUCGUCUGUAACCAGCGAUAUUAUUUUAAAACAACAGGAAAACAUAUUCAAAUGCAGUACGUGGAAUGAAAAACUUGAUUUUUGUUUAGAUAUUUUGAAACAAAAUAAUUUUUCCGAAGAAUCGAUAGCCUUCAAUAGGUUCCUAGUCAACGGAAUUUACAAUAAAACACAAUUAGCUAUGAACUAUGUGCAGUCGUUUACAAAAGUUAAAUCAAAAAUAACUCUUAUCGUACCAGAAGAGACAAUAAUACCGGAUAUUGAACCUGACCGCGGAGUACCAAGCAUUGCUGUAAAUGAAGUGGACAUAAUAACGGCCAAGGGAAACCAUGUUUCUGUAUUAGAAGGCGAAGAGAUAGGAAAUAUUGUUAAUUCAAUUUUAAAUAAAAAUUAA